AUGGGAGCAGCGGGCCGCUCCACGACCACAGCUCAGCGGGCAGACAGGGAGCAGAAAGGUGGCGUGGGCCUGCUUGUCUUCAGAAAGACCUGCUCCUACGUGUGCGUGGCCGCCGUCGGUUUCCUGCUCCUCGUGGGAGUCUGCCUGCUCUACUUACCGGACCCGCUCGCACUAGAACCGUCUUUCGCUGAGGACAACAGCGAGGUGACGCUCCUGAUUUGGACGCAUCCGUUCGGUCGGUACCGCAAACUUCCGGACUGCUUUGAGCUCUUUCAGAUUGGCGGGUGCACGCUCACCGACGAAGGGAGCGCGUACCCGCGGGCUGACGCUGUGAUUAUUCACCACCGCGACGUUGCCACCGGCGCGGCUGAGCUGCCACCGGAACCGCGGCCACGCGCACAAAAGUGGAUAUGGAUGAACUACGAGUCCCCCACGCACACACACAGACUGUGGCUCUUUGAGGACUAUUUCAACCUCACGAUGACCUACCGGACGGACUCAGAUAUUUUCCUGCCGUACGGAUAUCUAGUCCACCGUGAACACGGAACCAAGGGUCUCCAGAACCGCUUUGCGCAACCGCUCCGCGCACCCUCGCGCUCACACCUCCUCCGGCCCCGCCUCCUGGCCUGGGUCAUCAGCAACUGGUCGGAGUCCCAUGCGCGCGUGUCCCUCUACUACCAGCUCCGGCGGUACGUACAGGUGGAUGUGUUCGGGCGCUCGGGCCGGCCGGUACCGGAGGACAGCGGCGGCGGCAGCGUGGUGCGGCUGGUGGGACGGUACCAGUUCUACCUGUCGCUGGAGAACUCCCAGCACACCGACUACAUCACGGAGAAGCUGUGGAACGCGGUGCAGGCCGGUGCUGUCCCAGUGGUCCUGGGUCCAUCCAGGAAGAACUAUGAGCGCUUCCUGCCCCCUGAGGCCUUCAUCCACGUGGACGACUUCUCCACAGUGCGAGGGCUGGCCCGGUACCUGCUGAUGCUGAGGCACAACCCGGCCCAGCUGAGGCGGCACCUGGACUGGAGGGGGAGUUACAGUGUGUACCAGCCCAGCUUCUGGGCUCACCACUACUGUACGGCCUGCAGGGCGGUGAGGAGGACCAGAGGCCGGACCGAUGUGGUCCAAGACUUGACACGAUGGUUUCACUCGUGAAAAUCAUCUCAGGCAUUAACUGAACUGAGAGAACUGCUCACCUGACCACCAGCAGCCAAAAGUUUACAACAGACAUUCAAUUAUCAGCAACCAUGGUUGUUUGUGAGACUGUUGAUUUUAUUUAAUUUAUGUGGUCAUUGAGAAUUACACAAUUUUGAUUGUGUUUUGUCUUAUCAGAGUAAAAUUAUUUUUAUUCAUAGUUCAAUUAAAGUGGACUCUCAUCUUCAGCUGCUCGUGAACUUUGCACUCAAGUUAACUUUUACAUUGUUUGUCAUGGUCUCCACUGAUUGCAUUACAGUAAGAAAAUGAGCUUGCGAAGACAAGACGUCAGAUGAUUCAUCACAGCAAACAAUGUUUCUGUUGGUCAAUUAAUAAUUCCAUAAUCCUUUCAACUUUAGUAUCAUGCUGACUAGAAGUUGAUUGUUAACUGUGAUACAUUAUCUCAUGCAAGUUUUACAUCUUUACCUUUUUACAAGGAAGUGAAAUGUAAACCAGGGCUUGAAAGGUGAAUGAAACACAUUGUUUUGAAAAGAGGACGUCAGUGAUAUCAAUAAAUUAUGAUUUGGAUAGCUGAUUAAAACACAAAAAGACAGGUAUGGUAAAUUGAUUGAGGUUUGAGGUAUGUGAACAUGUGUGUGUUUGAUUCAGGGACGCAAAAACAUCUCCAGACAUGAAUCGUUAUUGAGAGUUAUCUCAAUAUCUCAGAGGGUUACAAAUACCUUCCUGUUGAUCGCUCCGAGGGGUUCGCACUAAAUCAUGUUAAUCACCCUGGAUCUGAUCUGCUAUCAGCUGUUAACAUGGUUGAUGCUUGUGUUGUAGUAGCGACGCAAGAACCAAAAUAGCACCCCGAGCAAUGCUUUGUGUCUGCACAUUAUUGAACGUUUGAUUGCAACACAACCCCGAACAACUUUUUACGGGUUGUUAGACCCCAAACCUUGUCUUUUCAGUGCUGUUCAUACUUCUACCAUGACUUGUUAGAGAGCAAGACAGCUGUACUAACACACACACACACCCUCUACUGUUUCAUCAAACGUUGCUAUUUACACUGCCAUUCUCAUUUUAUGGAUGUAUUUGCUAUCUCUUAUAUAUUGUCAUAACUAUAGGCUACAGCAAUAGGGGAGAGAACCCUUGAGAGGGAAAGAGGAGGAGCACAUGUGCGCUUCAAGAGUCACUUGAUAAGAAUCAGAAGCUGUGAUGUGGAUCAUAUACAU